AUGGGCACUGUGGCCCGGCGGGAGAAGGAAAGGAGGGAAUUGGAGAAGCGUCAACUCACAGGCCAGGAAGGACGGUCACUGUUCCUUGAGGCAUUACAACUACUUUUGCGAAAACAGCUCUCAUUUCUGAUCCGGAUAAAAGGACAUAGAGAGGAAUUAGAAACGGUUGUCCGAGAUUUAUGGGACUUACGCAUUAGGGGCUAUGCCUCUGAUACCCUAGGAACCGACCCUGCGAUUGCCGAACCCGAAAUGUUCAACUCGCAGCCCACGACAGUGGAGGUGGAAAAGAAUGGGCUUUGGCUCCCGCGAUCCAGGGCUCAAAGCUGGCAUCCUGAACGUGGCACCGAUUGGCCUAUACCUCGAAUGACCGAGACUAUUGCGUUAUGCUAUCUCGGUUGUUUACUGUUGAGAAUACCUACAAGGGUGGCCGACUUAUAUGCUUGGGUCUCAAAUAGCGGCAUGCCCUACUUGCGAGCAUUUGAGGAUCUACCACGGGAGAUGCAAGAACGAAUGCCCUCGCCUUAUGCCAAUGCGAUGAGGCUAUGUUCUCGUUCGGGCUUGAAUGGAGAAGGCUUGUACCAAACUGUCAUGGACACGGUUCUCUCCUUCCGACUCAAUUACAACAUGAUGUUUCCGGAGCUCAAUUACGUCCCAGUGAUUGUAAAGUACGCAGAACAGCUUUGUUUACCAGUCGAAGCAAUUGCAGCAGCAAGACGACUUGCAUCAGCUUUGGAUCUUCUGUUUUACUUUCCGGCAUCGAAAGCGAAACUGUACUUGCUCGACAACCCGGAGGUUCAAUUGAUUUCACUGCUGGUCGUAGCAGCGAAAAUGUGUUUUCCGUUUGAUCCUAGCCAGCCCUCCAUCAUAGACCCUGCAGGCUACUUCCUGCCGCAAUUCGAGUGGGAAAGCUGGAAGGCCAAUGUGUCGAGCGGUGGCUCAAAUUCAGAGAAAGAAACGCGGGAACAGGUCAAAUUUGAGCAUGUCACACCGAACCAGGUCACGAAGAUGAGUGAUGAGGAAUUCGACGCAUACAUGUCGUAUUUAUCUGAGUCAGUGGGUCGUGGAAGUUAUAACGAAAUUGCUCAAUUUUUCCCAGCCCAAACAGCAAUCGAACCUUCAUCGUCGCAGCUCAGCACGCCAGAAGAGACACUUGGGCACAGAGCCCGUCGUAUUUUGGCACAAGCCGUCAAACCAAAUGGCACGGACCGUAGAAGGGGAGAGGCUACAUACGAAGCAUUUCGCACAUUCGGGGACUUGUCGGAAAUUUCUUCUACAUUUUACAAAGCAGCAGGGCUUUCGUUGCACUCACUCUUCCGCCCCACCAACUUUGCGCAGACUCGCUCUGCUGUGCAAAUCUUCACCUUCGUCAGCGUCGCAAAACAGUCAAGACCCCUCAGUUUCGUGAAGACCCUGACGGGCAAGACCAUCACCCUUGAGGUCGAGUCCUCGGACACAAUCGACAAUGUCAAGUCCAAGAUCCAGGACAAAGAGGGCAUUCCCCCGGAUCAGCAGCGAUUGAUCUUUGCUGGUAAACAGCUCGAGGAUGGCCGAACUCUGUCCGACUACAACAUCCAGAAGGAAUCCACCCUGCACUUGGUCCUCCGUCUUCGUGGUGGUAUCAUUGAGCCCUCGCUGAAGGCUCUGGCCUCCAAGUUCAACUGUGACAAGAUGAUUUGCCGCAAGUGCUACGCCCGCCUCCCCCCUCGUGCUACCAACUGCCGCAAGCGAAAGUGUGGCCACACCAACCAGCUCCGACCCAAGAAGAAGCUCAAGUAA